AUGCGGCUGGUCCGUAGUCAAUGGGUUCACGAAUAUGAUCCAACAAUCGAGGAUUCCUACUCCGUCACUCGCACCGUCGACGGUCGCCCCUACGUCCUUUCGAUCACCGAUACUGCAGGCCAGGAGGAGUACCGGGGGCUAUGGUCUGCCUCGACCCUGAGUUCGGACGCGUUCCUCCUAGUUUACGAUAUCACCAACCCGUCGAGUCUUGAAACGCUGGAUCAUUUCAUGGAGAUGAUUGAUAUGGAGGCGGAACAGCGCGUCGAGGACAACCAGCAACUGCGCCAGAGGUUGGGGAAUAAAUAUGGGGGUGUCGGCCAUGUAGGCAUGCCACCGCCGGUCAAAGUCAUCGCGGGCAACAAAUGCGAUCUCAAGGACGGUCGCGCGGUGACAUCCCGCGACGGACUGGCCUAUGCGCGCAAGCAUGGCUGCGGGUUUAUGGAGACCAGCGCUCGCGAGACAGUCAACAUCGAGGAGACUUUUGGCCAUUUAAUCCGUCGCGUUGUCGAAGCCCGCCGACUCCAAUGUCAACAGGGUGUUCUUCCUCCCAGCGAACCAUCGCACACUGCGCUCCCGACCAGCACGGUGGACGCAGUUGCAGAGACCAAAUCCCGUCGAAGUCGGGCGUGGGAGUUUAUCAAACACCGGAAGACAACGGAACCAAACGGCGAACAGGGUCAGGAACAGAGUGAAAUGCAAAACGGAACCGAAAAAGAGAAGGAGCCGGGUCAAGAGUGCGAACCGGAUGAAAGGUGCGCUCGUCAGGUGUGGUGUUUUCGCUGUUGA